AUAGUAUUCGUUUUAUUUUGAAAAUGUGAGCGGAUAUGGAUCUUAUUUUCUACUCCAACGGUCUUGACACUUUAGACAAAAUAAAGUGUGAUCUCGGUGGUACCCGCACUCAGCUGUCAGUUGUUUGACGCGCACUGAGCUGAGAGAAGAACAGGAAUACACCUUUUAUUACUCAUUGACAAACAACACGCUUUCAACUCCAGCUCGUGUCUCUGCAUCUCUUACCAAUGGACUGAAAAUGGACAUUUGGAUAAAAGUGUCUUCACUGAACCGCAGCUCCUCAGUCAUGAGUGACCCUGUGGUAAAGUGGAGCGCACGGUCUGCACUCGGACUUGUCACUUGUUUCCGUGCGUGAGAUGAAAAGGCUCUGCGAUGGUUUUCACGUUCAAUUCACAAUGAGCGCGCAAAUGCCGGAGUCCAACUCCAGCGGCAACUUGACUCCCGCGGUGACCGAGGCGGGCGCCGCGCUCCCGGGCUACCUGGUGGUGCUCCUGUCGGUGCUCAUGGUGACGCUGGUCGUGGUGGUGGUGGCCGGGAACGCGCUGGUCAUCAUGGCUUUCAUCGUGGACAAAACCCUGAGGACUCAGAGCAACUACUUCUUUCUGAACCUCGCCAUAUCUGAUUUUCUCGUGGGUGCCUUCUGUAUCCCGGUGUACAUCCCGUACAACCUGACGGGUCGAUGGAUGCUGGGUAAGGGGCUCUGCAAGGUGUGGCUGGUCAUGGACUACCUGCUCUGCACCGCAUCAGUCUUCAACAUUGUCCUCAUAAGUUAUGACCGCUUCCUGUCAGUCACAAGGGCUGUUAAAUACAGAGCACAACGAAAUAUGACCCGCCGGGCUGUGCUCAAGAUGGUGGCGGUGUGGGUGUUGGCCUUCCUCAUCUACGGCCCUGCCAUCAUCUUCUGGGAGGAAAUCUUCGGCCAGAGCAUCGUCUCGCCCCACGAGUGCUACGCAGAGUUUUAUCACACUUGGUACUUUCUGCUCUGUGCUUCAACCUUCGAGUUCUUCACCCCCUUCGUGUCGGUGGCUUUUUUCAACCUCAGCAUUUACCUAAACAUCCAUCGCAGGAACAAGAACGGAGGCGCCUGUGCCGAGGACGACACCAAGACUCAGAAUAACAGUAAGAAGUCCUGCGACGGAGGAGCCUGGUCUGUGUUUUUUGUCAAAACUCGAAAGGUGUCGUCCAGCGAGCCCACUGCCAUCUCUGCAGUCAUCGAGGACGAUGACGUCCUUUUGUGUGGAGAGCCAAAUACCAGUCAGAUAUUCACGCAGAGGGAGAAGUGCUCUCCAAACAGGAGAAACUCCAGGAUGUUUCAGCAGACAGCCUCCGGCUUGGUGCCUGGUCGUAGGACACAGGGAUCUCGCCUUUCCAGAGACAAAAAGAUUGCCAAAUCUUUGGCCAUUAUAGUCUGCAUAUUUGGGAUCUGCUGGGCUCCCUACACUCUACUAAUGAUCAUCCGUGCUGCUUGUAGUGGCGAAUGUGUGGCAAAGCACUGGUACGAGAUAACAUUCUGGCUCCUGUGGUUGAACUCAGCCAUUAACCCGUUCUUGUAUCCUCUGUGCCACAGCAGCUUUCGAAGGGCUUUCUCAAAGAUACUGUGUCCUAAGAGACAAUCAGUGCAGCCUCAGAUUGAAGUUCAGUCUUGUUAGUUGACUCAACUACACUUCCAUGCUUAAUGAAUGCAGUAACUGUUGUGGGUCAAACACUGUAAAAAUCCAUGUACUGUUCUUCCAUCAGAAAAAAAAUCCAGUUUUCAAAAAAAGACAAAUGUUUACAUUUGAGUGAGGACUGUCAGAGAACAUGUGAUAGCAAUAUGUUAAGAUGUAGUGUGAGGAAAUGUAACUGCAGAUAUGAUUUUCUUUAUAAAGGGUAAAUCAGUGGCCUAUGUUGCACCUUUAAAAGUGGAAUUGUCCUUGAUUAAAGUACGCCAAUGAUUUUCAUUUUCAACCUUCCCAGACAAUCUCUGCAAACAGGACUCAAAGGAAUGUUGGGGUUUAGAUUUGUCACCACUGAGCUCUUUAUGUGCUGAAGGCUUUAUAUUAUAGAGCCCGACAGAGGGUGAUUACCAUAAUUUAGUCUAAGAUGUUAUACAAAAACUGGAUCAUGCCAGGUUCUUAAAUUGCAGUCUGUCUGAGAAUUCAAACAGCAAAGGGAUACAACAGCGCGAGCUAACAUCCGUUUUUUCACAGUGCUGCUGUUGCAAGAAAAUCUUUCAACUCCACUUCAUAUUCAUUUGACGUGAAGGAGGAAUUUUGUAGUCUUCAAUUCGUUUAUAAAGUUUCAUUACACCCCUGCACAUGAAAUACUUUCACUUUAGAGAUGUGCAUUCAUUGCAAUUCAUUUGAAAAGGAAGGCCCUUUCCUAAUUGUUUUCCAUAUCAAGUUUUUCAUCAUGCAGCAAUAGAACUUGGUACAUUGACAAAUGUGGAGGCCUUGAAGUUCAGAGCAGCUGAACAGGUUAACCUGUAUUUGUUCACUGAAUACUGAGUAUACUUUUUACCACAGUGAUGUUUUCUAUCAUUUUAUCUGAAAAGCAAGUGAGUGGAAGGGUGAAUCAUCUGUUUUCUGCCAAUACUGUAUCUGCACUUAAUUUCUUGUUGAUGUUUAAGAUGUACAGCACUACUACAUGAGGGUAGCAUAAAAACUUUUGUACAAUAUAUCUGUGCCAAGCUAGAUGGAUGUGUUCUUUAGUAUUUAUUCAAUGACUUGACUGGUUUGUAUCACCUGAACUACUACUUUACUACUUUGUAUCAAGGCUAUGAAUGUGUCGGUGUAAGCAGCCAAUAAAAUAAUAAAAACGACCGCC